CAUGUCUAUAGCUGGAAAGAAGUGGAGUCUGAUCAAGCCUGGCCUUCAUCUACAAAGAUAGACACCAACGUCUCCAGAAGGGAGGAACCGGAUCACACCAUGAGUUGAUGGCAAAGCAGGAAUUUGGGCCCAAAUCUUCUCACUUCCUACCUAGUGAUCUUAACUGGAAGGUAAAAAGGUAUAAUAGCACUGUUUCUGUGGCUCCCAGGAAAAAAAGCUAACUUUGUCAAACUAGGGAUAGAUUGGUGCGUUAACUUCUGACAGCCAAACCCUUUUUCUGUCAUACACAAUCUGACACCUGUAGAUUUUAGAUUCUGCCUCUGUAAGAUGGUCAAGAAUCCUGACAGACCAACUGGGGCAGCGGGCCUUUGGGUGGCACUGUGUUGGUCGAAUGCUGGCAGAGCAUUCCUGAUCUCAGUUUGGGGACCCGGUAGCCGGCUUGGGGACUGCGUCUAAGCAGCCUCAGGAAGACUCUCCCCAGAGCUUCUGGCCAGAUCCUCGGCUGCGGAUAAAUUCAGGACCACGGACAGCUCCACGGUCCUGCCCACUUCUUGGUCCUGGAGAAGAGAAAACCCCGGACUAGCCUGGUCUGGAGACACACUCUGUCUAUUCUGUAUGGGGGAAGAACUCUAUAUCCGGAAAGAGCAGUCUAAAUUUAUGCCUCAGCCGGCUUCUCCCUCCUCUACGCCAGGGUGCUUCCAAAACUAGCUCCAGGGACACGCAACCUAUUGUCAGGAUGGGCGCCCCUCUGGGGGCUCGAAGCUGCUGGACUCGAAGCUGCCGCUGUCAUUGCUUCUACAAUCAGUUCAUGUUCUUCGCUGACGUCAGUCGGAGCUGUCCUGGUGCUAUAUAAGGCUGGCGGCGGUCCCGGGACAGACCCCGUGCUCCCCAAGGCGUCUUCAGCCCGUCCCGGGGGACAGAGACUGGACCUCCAUCUUACCCCGGGCAGACACUCGGACAACCUGUGGCACCAUGAGGCAGAGGGGACGCGCUGCGCUCCUAGUGGCUCUGCUGCUCCUGGCACAGCUGCGCCCCGGGAGCAGCCAGUGGAGCCCGGCGACUGCGGCGGCGGCGGCGGCGGCGGCGGCGGCGGCGACCGGGGCCCAGGAUCCGAGUCUGCGAUGGAGUCCCGGGGCGCGGAAUCAGGGCGGCGGCGCCCGCGCGCUCCUCUUGCUGUUAGCCGAGCGCUUCCCGCGCCGCGCCGGAGGAUCGGGGACCGCAGGCGAGCGGCAGCGACGGGGCGACCCUCCGCUGUCCAUUGACCUCACCUUCCACCUGCUGAGGACCCUGCUGGAGCUGGCCCGGACACAGAGUCAGCGCGAGCGCGCAGAGCAGAACCGCAUCAUACUCGACUCGGUGGGCAAGUGAUCCGCCCGGUGUGGGGGGCCCCCCCGAAAGGCUUGACCCUUUCCCGUGCCUACCGCGGGGCUGGAGCGCGAGCGACCAAGGUUGGCUCAGUCCCGCGGUGCAGCGCCGCCCAGAGUCACCCUGAGCACUCGGCGUGGCUAUUUUUUUUAAAUAAAACUGCCCAAGAGCUUA